AUGUUCUUUCCCAGCCUCAGGCGACUGGCGCAGAAAGAUUUCGAUGCCUGGGGCUAUCACAUUCAAUGGCCACAAAAUCAGAUCCUCUCUCCGCUGACCGGUAAGGUCGAUUUUGUCGUUGAGGACAUCAAGUUCGCCUACAAUGCAUGGAGCCUUUUGAGACUCGCCAUGUUCUUUGGUGUAAAGCAUCCCAAGGUGUUGAGCAACAUGACCACGACAACGCCGUCGAUGGACAUCAUGCUCUCUGGCAAUCGCCUGUUCUUUAUGCACUCCCACGUCAAGGCUCAUCUAAACCAGUCGAAAGUGCGCAUUGCUCUCACCCCUAAUCAUCCCCGUGCUUUCCCGGUCCAAGAGCUUGUCUGGGAGACACACUGUCGUUUCCAUGAUCGCCAGUCAGCAGGCGUCCAGCUAGUACUGGGCAUGGAAAAUGGACUGUCACAGGAGGUCGUCGACGCCUGUAACCUCUGCACCUACAUUCCCCAGUACGGCUCAGUCGGCUCACUAUCCAUGCUCUCCGCGCUCGCCAUAGCGGCACACUCAACCUGGCGUGCAGUUGUGCGGGAAGACGGCACCACUUUCCAUACGAGCCUCGCUUUUCACGACCCUUCGCAUGGACACAUGCCGCUAUCAAACAGUCCAGAUAGAGUGCGACACUCGCUUCCGCACGAGAUGAACUUACUGGGAUGCAGCAACGCGGCCAUUAAAGCUUUACUCGAGGAGAGACGGCGGACCUACGACCUCCAGGUGAGCGUGCUCAUAUACAACGAGCUUGGAGACCGCAACAUCGGUGCCGUCAUCCGGAAUGCGAACGUCUUCAACUGCGAGUACGUGGCGAUUGUGAAUCGAAGGCGGUUCAACAGACGUGGCGCAAUCGGUACACACAAGGUUAUGAAUGUUCUUUUCUUUGACACCGUCAACGAUGAUGCGGCACGACAGCGUUUCGAGGGGUAUGAAGUGUGGCUUCUGUAUCCAUACUACCCUAAUCUUGUCAUGUACGAAGCCGAGGGAAAAGAAGAUGCCUCCAGCAACUCAUCAACCUUUGUGCGACACGAGGACCCCGUGCUACAGGCAUGGGGUGCCACCCAGCACCAGCUCACCAGCGAGCAUCCCCUUGUGGUUCUCUACCCUCACCUCUGUCAACAAACGGUGUUUCUAGAUGACGACAGAUCUCUUGCCUCUUGUGUGCAAGACGUGAAGCGUAGAAAGCUCCGUGGAAUCCUGCUAGCUGUGCCUGAGGAAGGGUGCUCCCCUCACCCGUGCUUCUGCAAGCUCAGUCAUCGCGUCGUGUAUGUCACAAGUCCAUCAUUUCUCCCACACCAGACUCAGCGUGGGCUGAACCCGGCGCUUUCUACAGCGAUUGCGCUCGAGAGAUUGCGAUGCGCUGUUGACAGCUUAUGCCUCACGUCAUGGCCGAACGGACCUGGUUCCCACUGUGUUUGA